AGUACGCCCUGAAGAGGAAAGCCUGUUAUCACUUUACAGAUACACAACCACACAGAGGAUGUUCUGAUGGACUCCUAGUCUUCGAUUGUCCCUAAGUCAGUCAUGGCUUUGGUCAUGGGGUCCUUUAUCACACAGGAUAUCUGAAUAUGACCCUUCCAGGUGGUCGGCACAGAAGAAAGGAAAUUUGAUUUUUUUUUUUCUUUUAAAUAAUUAUGGUUUAAAUACUUAAUGGAAAUGAGCUGCUGAGGUGGUAUGGUUUUAUUUUUUGUGAUCUCAUGGAGCCUCAUCUACAGUGAUGCAACCUGAGGAGCCUGUGCGUCAGGAACUGCAGUUUUAUUAUGUGGGUGACCACACGUGGGCUACUAUGUUGGGGCAGAGUGUGAAGCUACAACCGGUGGCCAUUCAGAGCCUGUCAGAACUUGAGCGAGCCCGGUUACAGGAGGUGGCCCUUUAUCACCUGGAGGAGAGAGACCUGGACUUCAAGAUCAGUAUUCCCAAAGAGAUUCGCAAAAUGAGGAAAUCACUAAGAAGGAAGUUUGAUUCUUUUUCCAAGGAAAAGAAAGAACGAGAAACAGCCCCCAAGGCGUUUGGGAUUCCUCUAUCUCAGGUGAUUGCUAACGAUCGGGCCUAUAAGCAGCGACAGGACGCUCUGAAGGAGAGCCGCCGGGAUUGUCUGGAGUUGGAGGCUAGCGUCAUGCACUUCCGUGCUGAAAAACGGCAGCAGAAUGGAAACCGACCCCUGGUCAGCAGAGCCUCACCCUCCAGCGAUGCAUCCUCAUCACUGUUGGAGCUCCACAAUAAGCCGCUUUCACCAACGUUCUUGGACAACAGCUCUCGCAGCCACAGAAGGGGAGGAUUGUCAGUGGACUCUAUAUCAGACUUGGUGGAAAGUCAGUCCAGGUUGCUUGAGGCACUGCAGCUCUCUCAUCCUAAUGAAUUGGAUAUCAAGAAGACACCAGCAGGCCGCACUCAGACCAAACUGAGCCUGAAUCCCAUUUACAGACAGGUGCCACGUGUCAUGGAACGCUGCUGCCAGCACAUACACACAUACGGGUUGCAGACAGUGGGGAUUUUCCGAGUUGGAAGCUCCAAAAAGAGAGUUCGCCAACUGCGUGAGGGCUUUGACAGUGGAACAGAUGUUGCACUAGAUGAUGAACACAGUGUUCAUGAUGUGGCAGCACUAUUGAAGGAGUUCCUGAGGGACAUGCCUGACCCUCUGCUGCCCAGAGAGCUCUACUGCGCAUUUCUGCAUGCUAACAAUUUGUGGGGUGCUGAUCAGUUGAUGUACCUGCAGCAGCUGUUGUAUCUGUUGCCUCCAUGUAACUGUGACACUCUGCUGAGGCUGCUGAGUUUAUUACACACAGUUCAGGAUCACGCUCAUGACUCUGUCAGCCCUGACCAGCAGGAGAUCCCAGGUAAUAAGAUGACAGCAGGUAACUUAGCUGUUAUUUUUGGGCCAAACCUGCUGCAGAAGGAAAAGGGAUCAGAAAAAGAUCUGAAGCCUGAGGCAAUGGGCAUCGAGGACAGUGCUGCCAUUAUCUCAGUUACCCUGCUCUUAAUCCAACACUACAAAUAUCUCUUCAUGGUUUCAGCAGAGCUCCAGCAGGAGGUGCUUAUGAGUCUCAUUCAGACUGAUCCGGAUGUCAUCGACUACCUUCUACGCAGGAAACUCAGUGGAAGCAGUGUGACGAUGGAGGCAGAUUUGGGACUACGCAGGGACACUCAGACGUCGCUGGACUCAGUUGGUCAGUCCAGUGAUGACAUGUCACCUAUCGAGCCUGUGUCCCCUUUGUUCAAAGACAUGGCUGCUGGAAGUAGUCUGAACAGCGAGAUUUUUUUCAAUGCACUACGUGUCACCACCAACAGCAAACGGACACCAGACACUCCGCCCAAAUCCAUAGGCAAGAUGAGACAGUUCCAUUCCCAUCACGACUUGCUGAGCCUCGUCCAGCCCUCUACCCUGCUGCAGCCUGAAGAGCGAGAGCGGCAGGGGGGCACGGGUCUGUCCAGUCCAGUCGAGGGUGUACACUUCAGUCACCAGCCGCAGGAAGACACCUCUCACCCUCAGAGCUUGAAAGAAAGGAGUGUGUGGGUGCGACAGGGCUCCAACGCCUCCUCCACUUCAGAAGACAGCAAACAGCCAAGCAACUUCUGGGACUUUUUCACUGGCAAGAUGAUCCAGAAGGCCUUCUCUCCUAAACUUCUUCAGAGACCAGAAUCAAUGUGCAAAAAGUUGAGCGGGAAACAGUGGCAAGGUGAACUUUUUUUAGAGAUCAUAUAAGCAGUUUUCCACAAUGCAAUUUUGUUUUUGACUUUGGGAGAAUUUUUUGAGUAAGAGUGGAGCGACGAUCAGCAGAGAUGACCACCAAAAGUUAGUAACACACUAAACCACAAGGAGGCAGAUGUUACUUAAAAAACCCUCUCUUGCCCUCUCACUCUCCCUCUCUCUCACGCUCUUCCUCACCCCCUCUCUCCUUCAUCUUCCUCUCUCUCCCUUGCUCUCUCUCACUACCACCCGCUCACUCUCCCUCCCUCUCUUACUAUCUCUCCCUUGCUCUCUCUCUCUCACCAUCUCUCACUCCCUCUCCCUUUCCAUCUCUCUCUCUCUCUCUCUCUCUCCCACUAUCUCUUGCUUGCUCUCCCUCUCCCCCUCUCUACAAUGUAAAGAGAAUGUACAAGGUGCAUAACCCAAUAAAACUGUCUUCAUCUACACAUCAAUAAAGGUAUCAUGCUGUUAAAUCAUCUGAAGGCACAACAUACUGUACUGACAAUAGAUCAAUAAAUCUAAUCCUUUA